AUGGCAACGGUUGAUAGUCGCAGUGGUCGACGAGUGAUGUAUGAUGAGAAGAGCUGCUGUGAUGUACGACUACUUCGAGUUAUCAUUUACUUCUUCAAUUUCCUCUUCUAUUUACACGACAAAGUAUUCAUCGUUUGGGGCGUUACUGGGCAACAGCAGCUAUCUGCAAAGCAUUUUGAUAUGCUUUGUUAUUGGCUUGACCAUAUUUGUUCUCGCGACCUGUGGGUUUUGGGCCGUUUCCAGAAGAAAACAAACACUUCUGCUCUUGGUUAG